UACCUGUCAACUUUACUGUAUACGCUUCUUAUUUAAAGUUAGCAAGUAUUUAGCGUGUUUUCACUCACUAAAUUCGUAUUGAGCAGGACUGACAAAGUUCUAAAAAAUAAUGUCGUAACACUAGUUACAACGAGUGAAAGUGUUAGCGGUUUAAAUGGGCGAAGUUCAGCACAGUUAGUCCCCCCUGCACUGUCUAAACUGGCCGGUCUCCGGAGGAGGAUAUUAGUCAGAGCCCGAAGGAUGGAGUGGCUCUUCCAGCGAUGCUAUAAAGAGGUCGUCUUUAACUUUCGCUCGGUACUGCUCGUGUCGUGUUUGUUCUUGAUCCUGCUGGCGUGCCUGUUCCCCGGGCUGUGGUCCAUUGGGGUCCAGCUUCAUUCUGUAUGCACAGGGAGCUAUGUACCAGGGCACUACUCUGUCCUUGUCAUCAACACUCCCAAUGAGCAAACAGCAAAGGACGUUGGCAGGGCAAUCAUGGAAAGGCGGUUGGCGGCCAGCGUUAACAUUCUCUCCAAGACCUCCACAAUGUUCUAUUGGAAAGGAGAAAUCCAGGAUGCAAAUGAAAUCCUGAUGCUGGUGAAAACAAAGACUUCCAGGAUCCAGAAGGUGGUGGACUACGUGAGGUCUAUACAUCCCUACGGGAACCCAGAAGUCCUCAGUCUUGCAGUAGAUGACGGCAGCUUGGCGUACAUGAAAUGGAUGGACGAAGCCAUUCCAGAUGACUGAUAUUUCGUUAAGGCCAAAGCUAAUCUCAGCGAGGACUGCCGUCAAACAAGGAAACUGAGCCAUGUGUGUUUGUUGCUCUUAACUUUUUUUUCCAGGAUUUGGAGGGUUUUAAAAGUUCAGGAAGUGCUCUGUAGCAUUAAAGUUUAAUACAAGGCAGUUUUGUUGGCCUGACCUUCUUAACCGGAAGUGUACUGCAGAGAUUGGAUUUCAAACACUGCUUGUAAAAAGAAAAAAAAAUUACAUGAAAGAGUCAAAGUUCCACUCAGGUAAUCUGGUGUAAGGAAAUGGACAAGAACUCUUAUGGUGCUUUUAAGCAUAUCAGUUCUUUUUUAUGGUAUGUUACCAGAUCAUUCUCUCCAGUUUAAAAAAACAAAAAACGACUUUUUGAGUAUAGUAUGUGGCAAGUCACAUAACCAAGAUGUAAUAAUAAUAAUAUGAAAUAACAAUAAUAAUCAAUAAUCAAGACCUAUAAUGUAAUAAAAGUCAUAAAAAGUACAGUCAUAUUGCCCCUUAUUUCCACUUUGCCUUAACUCACCUACAUGGUAAAGGCCUUGCGUAUAUGCUUUACUGCUACUGUCAUAUAGGAAGUGGGGGAAAAAAAGUGAAUUUUAUGGAACCACAGUCUGCAGCACUUCUCUUUAUGCCCACCAGUCCAGUAGGGCCAGGAAUUAAACACACUGGAAUGUAGCCUGUGUGCAUUUAUAUAAUUUGUCUCAACUUUUAGAGAGUUUUUGAGUUGACCCCUGUAUUUUGUUAGACCCAAUUUUUUUUCUAUUUUGCAUCUGCAAAAGGCUUCAAGGAGAGACCAGUUGAAUGUCAAUAAUGUAGAAGGCCACUGAGUUUCAUCCUAUUUUGGGUGAAUGCAUAAAGAAAACCCUCUAUGCAAGGUUAAACUUCACACUCGCUGUAAACCUAUGGGCUCAUCUCUCGUCUGUAAUAAA